AUGGAAGAGUGGUGGGGAAGGAUGCACGGUCUUCUUAUGGAGGGAGGACCUACAUAUGAAUCAAUAAAACAGUCAGUUGCUAAUGAUAUCAUCGAAGAGGUUCUAAGACAGAAGCUUAAGAGAUCCUUCAAAAAUGUGAAGAUAAUAACUUACAACGUAAACGGUUUGAGACAACGCAUAUUGCAGUUCGGUUCUCUCCGCAAUCUGCUCAAUUCAUUCGACGCUGAUAUUAUUUGCUUUCAGGAGACAAAACUUAGCAGACAAGAUGUUACAGCGGAUUUGGUUAUGGUAGAUGGAUACGAAUCGUUCUUUUCUUCUACCCGAACUUCUCAGAAAGGCCAAACCGGUUAUUCCGGUGUUAUUACAUUUUGUCGAGUAAAGUCUGCUUUUUCGAGUACUGAAGCAACAUUGCCCUUGGCAGCUGAAGAAGGAUUCACUGGCCUAAUGUGUAACUCUCAAACUAGGGAAGAUAAAUUGCCACUCUUCAUAGAAGAUCUUGAGGGUUUUUCAAAAGAUGAGCUUCUCAGUGUUGACAGUGAAGGGCGAUGCAUUGUCACUGAUCAUGGGCACUUUGUUCUUUUCAAUAUUUAUGGGCCUCGAGCUGGAAGUGAUGACACAGAGAGGAUUCAGUGUGAUGCAGGGCCUGAUUUUGACAAUAAUGAGUUUGGAAGAUGGUUCAGAUCGAUGCUAAUUGAAAAUGGAGGCCACUUUUCUGAUGUCUUCCGAGCAAAAUAUCCUGAUAAAGGAGAUGCAUUCACCUGCCUGCAAGAAAAAACCAAAACAGCAGCAUCAAAAUAUGAAGAUGAUAUUCUCAAGUUUUGUGAAGAAAGUGGAUUACCUGUUGCCCAAGAUGAUACCCAAAUUCAGCAUUCCAAUGAGACUGCCCUGGGGUGUUUGGCCGAGAGUUUAACUUGUGAAGACCUGAAUGAUGAGAUUGUAAAUGUUAAACGUAUGAAGUUUUCUCUACAUGAACUUCCUUGUAGUAGAUCUAAUUCAGAACAUGUUUUGGGUUCAUCUGGAAUUCCGGAAGUAGUAAUUUCCGACCCGCCUUGUGCUGCUACAGACUGUGAUAGUGACCCAAUUGCAUUUCGGACAGUUGAAUCAUCUAAACAUGGCGUGGUAUCUAGUUGCUGUCUAUUGAAGCAUAACCUGGUACAGAAUAAAGAUGUUUUGAAUAAUGAUGUAGAUGUUACAAACUGUAAAUCUGAAUCUGCAAAUGGGAACAUCACAAAAGAAAUGUUUGCAAAUAAGGUAGUUGCUUCACCUAUAUCCCAGGAGAGCUCGGCAAACAGGCUAGCUGUAACGAGUUCAUCAAUCACUGUUGCGAAGAAGUCUUCCUAUCCUUUGAAAAACUGA